AAGCGCUGCGGGCAAGGUGCUCAAAAUGCUACGUCUUUUCCUGGUACAGGUCCUGCUGUUGUCAAGUGCGCAUGCAUCUUCGCAGACUAUCACCGAGCUUCAUCAAGUUUCAACAGAAGAAUUCGUCACCAAAGAUAGCACAUCUGGCAGCGCCGUCACCGUGGGGACGCCACAGGUCCUGCUGUUGUCAAGUGCGCAUGCAUCUUCGCAGACUAUCACCGAGCUUCAUCAAGUUUCAACAGAAGAAUUCGUCACCAAAGAUAGCACAUCUGGCAGCGCCGUCACCGUGGGGACGCCACAGGUACAUGGAUAUCGGACGUCAUCGACCGUGACGUCAUCAGCCCUUGGCCCUAUAAAUUCGGCACCACACCCGUGCGUCUUCAGUGGGCACGGCGAAAGCGCUGCGGGCAAGGUGCUCAAAAUGCUACGUCUUUUCCUGGUACAGGUUAGUUAUGUGUGCACCAUACGAUCUGACGAUAGGUUUCUUGUUCUCCUGCCGUGCCCACGCACAUGUCUAGGCUGUGCCUAUAGCUGCUAUUGUUCAUGUAUGCUGCUUGUUUGUGGAGAUAUAGAAAUGAAUCCAGGCCCAACAGUUGACGAAAUGUUUCAGAGACUCAUUGAGGGGCAGAAAGACAUUAGGUCUCGUUUAGAGGCAACGGAAAGGGCACUGGGGAACUUUGGUGAUCGCUUGAAUAAGAUAGAGGCAAACAUAAAAGAUCUACAGAUGAAAACAGAUGGGAUUGACAACAUAAGCAAAGCUUUAAAUGGUGUGCAGGAUGCACUUACACGGCAUCAAGACAGACUCGAUGAUUUGGAAGAUAGAAGUCGGAGGUCAAAUUUAAUUGUUUUUGGCGUAAAGGAAGAUCCUAUUGAAUCAGAGUCAGACUUGCGCAGAAAAGUUAUCGAUGAUCUCUUUUCUGCUAAAUUGGGAGUGCAGUGUUCAUCUGUAGCUCGAAUCCAUAGACUGGGGAAAAGUUCUUCUAAUCGCCCUGUCAUAAUGUACUUUCAGGACUAUAGAGAAAAGCAAGCGGUCUGGAGCAAUGUAUCUAAACUAAAGGGAAAAAACAUUAGAAUCGAUAAUGACUACUGCGCGGAAACGUUGUGCAAACGAAAGCAUCUUUGGCAAAGUGCAAAACUUGAAAAAAAGGCUGGAAGUAAGAUUUCCUUGGUUUAUGACAAGUUGAAGAUCGAUGGGCGGUACUAUAAAUGGGAUGCUGCUCUAAACUCUAGAACAUUGAUAGAGCGCAACAACAGAUCCUUAUUUGAAAGCUAACGGCCGGAUACGUCCG